UGGCUCAGUAUUAAAACCACUGAAUCAUACCCAGAUUUAAUGGGUCAACACGCACACAAAUUAUAUAUAUACACACACACACACACACAUUUUAUUUGCCUUCUUGCUGUUAAGGCGAAAUAAAUUUGCCAGAAUUGGCAUUUAUGUGCCUAAAAAGCUAGGUGCUAGGUAUCCAGGCCAAGUCCAGACAGACUGGAUACACACCUGGAAUCAGUCUGCAGAUAUUUCAAAUUUCACAGACUGUAUUUGAGACCGUCGACUCGUACUGAGGAUCGCGCCACCUUCCACCUUCUCACUCGGUUCCCCCAAGCCUUAGUCCUGAAUCCAUGGCCUUUUAAAUCUAACAUCAUCUGCGACUGAUUCCACGGCAGACAGGAAGUUUGUUUCUCCCGUUCGGCGUGUUCAUUCGGCAGUAGAGUGUGAAAUCUCCGCUACCAAGAAUUCUCACCGUGGAUCGAUCCGAGCGUCCCGAGUUUGUAGUUUUUGUUCUGUUGGAAGCGAGCGGUUUCGGUUUAGGAGCGCUCGAUGAUGCAGCAUUAUGCUAAAACACUAAAAUGGUAACCUUUCUUUCCGACGUUACACUAAAUCAAAUGUUUCUCCCCUUUUAAAAACGUUUCUAACCAAUCAGAGAGGGGCGAGAGGUGCCGUCCAUUAUUUUAUUAUUUUUUUUUAUUAUUUUUUUUAAAAAUCUAAAUCUUCCCAAAGCUCUCCUUCCUGUGCGUGUUUGUUACAUUGAGGUAGAUCGGAUGUUCCACCUUGAGAAGUGUAUGUGUAUGCGUAUGUGCGCGCGCUUGUGUGUGUAUGUGCGCGUGUGUGUGCAUUUGGGUCUCUCAGCUGACGUAUGGCUUAUCUGUUCGCAUCUAGGAGCAAGUUUAUUUCAGUAUCUGACAGGGCUCCUUGUUUAUUUAUAUAUAUUUUUUUUGUAUGUAUGCAUUUUCCUGAUGUUCUCAGAAAAGAUAGAUCUUAUUUUUAUAUGUACAUUGUUGCGAAAUUUUGUAAGUAUUUUAUACUUUUUAUUAUUGUUUUCUGCAAAAAAAAAAAAAAGAUCGAGAGUAUUAUGUAAAUAUAGUUCUCUAGAAACAGCUGUGUGGCGUUUUUUUUAAAAAUUUUUUUUUAAUUAUUAUUUCUUUCCCAUCCCGUAGUGGUGAUGGUGUGAGGUGGGAAAUUUGAUCGGCAGCGCAUCGGUUUGCUGCAGUAAUAGUUUCUAGAAAACUUUAGUGUAGCUCAGUUAUAAUAUUUAAAGCCAGACUAUGGUUAACGUGUGCUUCCUUUAACUUCCAGCAGGCACUAUAAAUCAGUUGAAGCUCUCAGGUUUGAGGGACGUAACAGUUCUUUAAAUGCCUUCAGAGGAAUUGGUGAGUGAGGAAAGAAUUUUCUUACAUUUCUUACUGUAGCUUGUGAUGUCAUAAGUUCGCCCAAGACCGAUAAAUAAGGAAAAGAAACAUUUACCAGUGUAAUAUGACUAUAAAUUGUCCAUACUGUCUGGGUCGAAGGGAUUUUAUACUUGCUCUCGCUCUCUCUCAUCAGUCACACUGACACUAGCCAAUCACAUCUGUCCGUGUAUCUGGCGGAUAUCAAGCCAAGUUUCAAAAGGGUACGAUUGGCUGGCUUAAAAUGUCCGAGAGGAAGCAUGUAUUCGUCCGUGUACUUCCUGAGUGGUAGCGGUCGUGUUAUAGAGGAGAACUGGCGGGUGACCAAAUUCUGGAUGAAAUUGUGGAAGAACAUGGCAAUAUAACAGAUAGAUAGAUGAAGUAGAAUUUUGUAAAGGCUGACUUCUCAAGAUUGAAGCAUAUUUGGAUCGAAUUUAACUCGGUUCAUAAUCAAUAAUUGAGAUUAGAAAACGAUCCCUCGGCGAGAAAAGAUGUCUCAUUUGAUGUUUUCUUUCUUGGCUCGCACGUCCUUUCUUUUUGGUCACCAGGAAAGACAAGACGGCGCAGAUUAAAGAAAAGAGAAUUGUGCCAUAGAGCGCGGACCAGUCGAGCCUGUCAUGGAUUCCACAAGGUGUUGGAAUCCGUGACAAGUUCUGGUCCAUUUUGACACGAUUGCAUGCCAAUUUCUGCAGCGUUGUAAGCUGCGAGUUCAUGCGGUCGGACUGGGCAGACCGUCGCAGUACGGUGAUUGAGACGACUCGUGCUUUGUGACCUCGUGCUAGAAGUACUGGAUGCGCAUGGUUAGCAACAAUACUCGGAUAGGCUGUAGCAUUAAAAAAACCAAAAACGCUUAACUGGUAUUAAGUGGGCACGACGUGUGCCAAUAAAACGUUCAGAAUCUGCCUUAAACGGCCAAGUGUGUUCACACGUACAAGGAAUUUCUUUGUCUUUGGGUACUCUGGAGCUCUCAGUGUAAAUACUCAACACUCAAACACUCAAACUCAUGCCACGAUCAAAGUCACUGAGAUCACUUACCUGCAGUUCUUCACCUGUAUCUUCGUGAUUUCAUGCACUGCCAUGCUGCCACGCGAUUGGUUAAUUCGAUAACUGCACGAGCGAGCACGUAUACAGAUGUUCCUAUGCAAGAGAGUAUGCAAAGCACUGUAACUACAAUGUUUUAUUAUUAUUAUUAUUAUUAUUUUUAAAUGGGGAAAGUAGUCCUUCUACUACUUAAAGGCUUAAUUGCGCACAUUAUAGUGGUUGAUUUCUAAACAGUUUCAAAUGAAGAAUUCAUCAAAGCCACUCUACAGAAGUGUUGUGGCUUUGCUUCAACACCAAGUAAACUCUCAUGGACUUUAAACGUAAAUGGGUUUCGAGUGAACGACUUUGUUCUUGGUACGGGGGGGGGAAAUGUAGAGAACUUUCUCUGGUUGGAAAUCGAUCCAAGCGCUAGAUGGAUGCUGGAAUAUUCUCUUCUAUUUCCAUUUCCUGAAUUAAUCAGACCAGUUCUGUAGUGUCAGUCAGGAAAAGAAAAAAAACAACAACCACCCAUAUCCUUUGUAAUAAUCUUUUCCCAAAAAAACAAAAAAACAAAACUAAUGAACUAGUGCUUUUAAACCUCUAUAGGAGGGACUUCCUUUUCAGUACAGGUGUGGGUGGGUGUGUGUUCAUGCAGGCUUCCAACUCGCACAGGGCACUGCUCAGCUCUGACCUCCACCUCCAUGUGUAUGAAGUAGUGUCAUCCUACGAAGCACAGUGUAGAUGAUCUGAUCGUUGAUCCGAGUCGUGGUGCAUUUCUGCUGAACGAUGCUUGACCAGGUGGUGUGUGUUGCUGCCGUUACAGUGCUCGGAGUGCUCGAGCAAGCGUACUUUUCCCUGCAGGUGAUCUACGCCCGACGGAAAUACUCCGUUCCACCUCCGGCCACCACGGGACACCCUGAUUUUGAGAGGGUCUUCAGAGCACAAGCAAACUGUUCGGAAUAUUUCCCCUUAUUCGUGAUGACACUUUGGGUUUCUGGACUUUUCUUUAGUCAAGCUCUGUCUGCUUUUCUUGGGUUCCUGUACAUUUAUGGACGAUUUCAGUACUUCCGGGGAUAUGCACAGUCUGCACAGGGAAGACUGGCCCCUCUGUACUUCACCGCGAAGGUGCAGUGGGGGCUGAUCGCUCUGUCGGCCCUCGGCGUGCUCUGCUCUAUGAGUCGUCUGUAUUUGGGUGUGGAUCUGCUCGGCUCUCUGUGCGAGGUGCUCGGUCUGAAUCAGCUCGAGUGAAUGCGUGGGCACGGGAAAACUCAUUUCACCUUCACUGCCCCUAAUGAAAGCCUGACAUCAGCAAACUUAGCUUAGAAACCACUGGCUCCAGAAAGAUAAAUACACCAAAACUACAGUUUAGUUUUUAAAAUCUUUCCACAGUUCUCCUGAAUUACUUUCUUUAUGGUGUGUAAGAAUGUAUUCUGAAGAAAUUAAUAAAGGGUUUAACAUACAGUGGGGCUUUUGAUUAAUAAUAAAUGAUUAUUAUUAUUUU